ACUCUUGAGGUUGUCGUUUCUUAUUCAAAGCCAUCGCCAACUCGGUCUAGUUAUAAUUAUAAUAUCCAUCUUACAGGAAAUUGAACUGAAUCAAUGAACAUUAUUCAAGCUGAACGACAAAUUAUUGUGUAUACUGUGGAGUGAUUGACGGACGAAGGGGCCAAAAAAGUCUUUGCAAUCUACUAAUCCUAGUCUUGCCCACUCUCCACCACUUGGCCUAAUUAAAUAGGUGAUGAUUGUGUGGAGAAAAAUAUAGAUACCACGUACUUACCAGUUGGUGUUAUAGUUCUGUUCUGUAUAAUCAAUAUGAUCUUCUCAAGAGGCAACACUGCCAUGUCUGCCAUAUUGCUGCUUCUUGGAAUAUUAUCUUCCAUUGUAAUAGGUGCACAAUCCGUGGGUGUGUGUUAUGGAGGAAAUGGAAACAAUCUACCUACAAAGCAAGGAGUGGUGGAUCUAUACAAAUCAAACAGAAUUGGCAAAAUCCGCUUAUACUAUCCAGAUGAAGGAGCCCUUCAAGCCCUCAGAGGUUCAAACAUAGAAGUGAUCCUUGGGGUCCCUAAUGACCAACUUCAAUCUCUCACCAACGCUGCAGCUGCAACGAAUUGGGUCAACAAGUACGUCAAACCCUACUCUCAAGCCGUCAAAUUCAAGUACAUCGCAGUUGGUAACGAAGUUCACCCUGGUGAUGCUGCAUCAGGCUCUGUCCUUCCCGCACUUCAAAACAUUCAUAACGCAAUUUCUUCUGCCAACUUAGGCCAAAUCAAGGCCUCAACCGCAAUAGACACAACUCUACUAGGCAAGUCUUACCCACCCAAAGAUGGCGUUUUCAGCGACAGUGCAAGUCCAUAUAUAAGGCCAAUUAUCGACUUUUUAAACAAAAACGGAGCCCCACUUCUUGCAAACGUGUACCCAUACUUCGCCUACGCUAACGACCAACAAAACAUUAAACUUGACUAUGCCUUGUUCACGAAACAAGGUAAAAACGAGGUUGGCUACCAAAACCUGUUUGAUGCAUUGUUGGAUUCCCUAUACGCUGCUCUCGAGAAAGUUGGGGCACCCAAUGUGAAAGUUGUCGUGUCGGAGAGUGGGUGGCCAUCUCAAGGUGGAGUUGGCGCCACUGUUGAAAACGCAGGAACGUAUUAUCGCAAUUUGAUUGCUCACGCCAAAGGUGGCACUCCCAAGAGGCCUAAUGGACCCAUAGAGACUUACCUCUUUGCCAUGUUCGAUGAAAAUCAGAAGCAGGGUCCAGAAAUUGAGCGACACUUUGGUCUCUUCAGGCCUGACAAAUCACCUAAGUACCAACUCAGUUACGUUUGAAAUUCCAAACAGUGUGUUGAUCAUGUAUAAGUUCGGUGUCGCUAAGAAUAAGGGCCUGGGCCUGUGGUUUUAGUUUAAGGUGCACCGAGAUAAUGUACUAGUAUGCAUGUGAUGCUAGCUUCUAAAUUUAUAAUUAAUAAAUGCAUCUCCAGUCUCUACCACUACCA